CUUUCUCUCUCUCUCUCCUUUUUUUUUUCUUCUUCUUCUAUCUUUCUUCAUUUUAUUUUAUUUUAUUAUUAUUGUUUUUCUUUUUCCUGAAUGAGUACAACACCUACCUCUUCUAGACCUCGUCGUUUGUCAAUGCCAAAAUUGACCCGUCGUUUAACGAAUGUGGUUAUUCAUGUUGAUGAUAAUGAUAAUGUUCACUCGGUUACCCCUAAUAGUGUCCCUUCGCGUCCUUCUAAUAGUGUAGAAUUGAAUGAAACGGCGAAAGCAAAUUGGAAAAAGUAUAUUACCCCUGAGAAGAAUGAUACUGCCUCUAUUGAAGGUGAUAUUGUUCAUCAUACUAUUACUACCUUAUGUCGUGGUGUUUACAAUGUUGAUAAAUUGGCCAUGUAUCAAGCUACUGCUCAUUCUGUUCGCGAUCGUUUGUUGGAGGAUUGGAAUAUUACUCAAGAAGCCUUACAUAAGGAAAAUCCUAAACGUUGUUACUAUAUGUCUAUGGAGUUUUUAAUUGGUCGUGCCCUUGAUAAUGCAUUAAACUGUCUUCAUAUUAAAGAUAAUUAUAAGGACAGUGUUCAGCAUCUUGGUUUUAAUCUUGAAGAUAUCAUUUGUCAAGAGAAGGAUGCUGCCCUCGGUAAUGGUGGUCUCGGCCGUCUUGCUGCCUGCUAUAUGGACUCAGCUGCUACUCAAGAAUAUCCUACUUGGGGUUAUGGUCUUCGUUACCAAUAUGGUAUCUUUAAGCAGAUCAUCAAGGACGGUUAUCAAACUGAAAUGCCCGAUUACUGGUUAAAUUUUGAUAACCCUUGGGAAUUCCCUCGCUCUGAUAUUCGUUAUGAGGUCCGCUUUUAUGGUUACGUUGCUACAAAGAUGAAUGAAAAAGGUGAGUCACGUAUGUCUUGGGAAGGUGGUGAAAAGGUACAGGCGAUGGCCUAUGAUGUUCCUAUUCCUGGUUUUGAUACAAAGGUAUGUGGUAAUAUUCGUCUUUGGUCUUCUAAGCCCAUGAAUACCUUUGAUUUUGAAUCCUUUAAUGCUGGUGACUACGAUAGAUCAGUCGCUGAACAAAAUAAUGCUCAAAACUUGACCUCCGUUCUUUAUCCUAAUGAUAAUCAUUUGGUUGGUAAGGAACUUCGAUUAAAACAAGAAUACUUCUUCGUAAGUGCCUCUCUCCAAGAUAUUAUUCAUCGCUUUAAGCGUGCCAAAUGUCCUUGGAAGGAUUUCCCUGAAAUGGUCGCUGUUCAAAUGAAUGAUACCCAUCCCACAUUAGCUGUUCCCGAAUUACAACGUAUCUUGGUAGAUGUGGAAGGUUUAGAAUGGGAUGACGCCUGGGAUAUCGUCACUCGUACUUUUGCCUUCACGAAUCAUACUGUCUUACCUGAAGCUCUUGAAUGUUGGUCUGUUCCCUUAAUGGAAAAGGUCUUGCCUCGUCAUAUGCAAAUCAUUUAUGAUAUCAAUCUCUUCUUUUUACAAAAGGUCGAGAGAGAUUUCUCUCCUGAUCGUGAAUUGUUGAAACGUGUCUCUAUCAUUGAAGAAUCCAAUCCUCAACAGGUUCGUAUGGCUCACUUGGCCGUUGUCGGCUCUCAUACCGUCAAUGGUGUCGCUGCUCUCCAUUCCGAUUUGAUCAGAAAGAAUCUCUUUAAUGAUUUCGUAAAGUAUUAUGGUCCUGAGAAAUUCAUCAAUAUCACAAACGGUAUCACACCUCGUCGUUGGCUAUAUCAAUCUAAUCCAGGUCUUCGUGACUUGAUUACCAAGACACUUGGAUCUGAGGCAUGGGCUACCAAGUUGGAACUCCUGAAAGGUUUGAAGCAACAUGCAGAUGACCCUGCCUUCCAAGAGGCCUGGUCCAGCGUCAAACACGAUAACAAGAAGCGUUUAGCUAACUGGAUUAAGAUGAACAUGGGUAUCGAUAUUAACCCUAAUGCCCUGUUUGAUAUUCAAGUGAAACGUAUCCACGAAUAUAAGCGUCAAUUCAUGAACAUCUUGAGUGUCAUCUAUCGUUACAAGAGUCUCAAGAAGAUGGCUGCAGAUGAUCUUGCUCAACAGACCCCUCGUGUUGUCAUCUUUGGUGGUAAGGCUGCCCCCGGUUACUAUAUCGCUAAACUCGUUAUCAAGUUGAUCAAUAGUGCCGCUGAGGUAAUCAACAAUGAUACUCAACUCAAGGAUAAACUUAAGGUGGUCUUUAUUCCUGACUAUAAUGUCUCUCUUGCUGAAAUCAUCAUCCCUGCCUCUGAUAUCUCUCAACAUAUCUCUACCGCCGGUACUGAGGCCUCAGGUACAUCUAACAUGAAGUUUGUUCUCAAUGGUGGUCUUAUCUUGGGUACCGUAGAUGGUGCUAAUAUUGAAAUUCGCGAUCAUAUUGGUGAAGAAAAUAUCUUUAUGUUUGGUGUUCUCGCUGAUGAGGUGGACGAUAUUCGUCAUAAUCAAAAGUACCAUGGUCUCCUCGUCGAUGCUAGUCUUCAAGUCGUCAUUGAUACAAUUCAAUCUGGUGAAUUCGGUGACCCCUCCGUCUUUGGUCCUCUUAUCAACACAUUAACUUAUGGUGGUGAUUACUAUCUUAUCUCUGCUGACUUCAAAUCCUACCUUCAAAAGCAUACAGAAGUCGAUGAAGUCUACAGAGAUAGAGCUGCCUGGAUUAAGAAGUCUAUCAUGUGUACCGCUGGUAUGGGCUUCUUCUCUUCUGAUAGAGCUAUUCGUGAAUAUGCUGAAAAGAUUUGGAAAUUGAAACCUUUUAAAGUCGCUACUACUGAAGCUGAUUAAAUGCAAAAAAAAAAACCUUCCCCUCCCCCUCUUCCCCAAUAUUCAGAAGAAAAGGCUUCUUUUCCUUCUCUUUCCUUCCUCUAACCCCCUUUUUUUUUUCUCAUAUAUAAAAAUAUAUAAAUAAUACAUUUAAAAAUAAAAUAAUAAUUUUAUUUUGUUACAUA